CAUGGCGGCCCAAGAUGAAGUUGACGUAUGUGAAAGUUGGGAGGACAUGGACGAUAUUGGCUUAGACAACAAGAUCAAACUAAUGUCCAGUGUUCCUGCCCCUGUGAAAUCUACUCUGAAAGGUUGCAAGGUUACUAACGUAAUAGUUGAUGAGAGCGCGUGUAUCGGAUCUCAGUGCAUGAUGCCGGAGCCAGCAAUUCGUAUACUGAAAAGACCGUCAAGUCUGUCGAGCGGCCAGCUGAACGGGGAGAGUCGCGCGCGUCCAGUAAAGACUUUAGAACAAAGGCAAAAAGAGUACGAACAGGCUCGUUUGCGAAUACUAGGCGAAGCGCGAAGCCCUGAGGACGUAAUUGACGAUAAUUUGACACGGUUGCAAGAGAAAUUCCAAGCCAAUAAUAUCAAUGACACCCAAAGUUUGAGUAAAACAAAAAACUGUCAAGCAGACAAUGCUAAAGGGAAAGAAAGGAAGGUUUUAGCUCGGUUGCCAGGGGGAGCCACUACAACUGGGAUAUUCCCGUCCCCACCACCUCCUGGAGUCUUAGUGAUAAGAACACCAAGAGGUCCUGAUGGUACAAAAGGUUUUCUCCGGAGGUAGCAUUGACAAUGUAAGAUAACUUUCUAAAUUAUUUAGUUAAGCAUCCAUCCAUGAUCAACCAUGUCUUCAAUUAAAUAUACUUAUGACUACAUUUAGUUUAGGCUUCUUUUGUAAUAACUUAAUUGAAUUGUGCUAAAUAAUUAAAUUUAUUAUAGUUAGAUAUGCAUAUAGAUGAUUAUUUAAUGGGUUAACUACCACAAUUUUACAAGUUACAGUGAAAAAUAUAAAUUUGUUUACUUUUUCUAUAAAUCUAAAACAAAGUAACCAAGGGUUCCCACAUAUGUAAGUACAAAAACAUAGCCAUCAUUUAAAUUUCUUUUAAAAAACAACUAGAAAUAAUGUUUUUGUGUACAUGUUAUAUCAAUGGAAAUCCAUGGUACAAACCCAAAGUUACAUGUUAUAAUGAAUUUUUAUUAA